AUGCUGUCGACUGACGCUGUGGCCGUGUCUGCCCUGGUUCUCUCAGGACUCGCUAUCGCUUCUAACGAAGGACAAGGCAAGCUCGUAUCCUUCUCCCCGCAAGGACAGACCUUCGAGUGCGGCUUCGCGGUCGAGAGCGACGGAAACGCCGUCUUCCUUCCUUCGGCCGUCUUUGACAAAGCGUACUGCAACAAGAGGAUCAAGGCUAGCAACCCUGGCGGCAACGGCGAGGCCAUUGAGCCUGUCAUUGCUGGCAUACACGACUCUGGUGAUGCCCUAAACGGAGAUGCUACCUUGUAUUUGACGCCCGAUGCGUUCGCGAAGUUCGUUGGCGGCGGCGUGCCUCACUCGCCAAAGGAUGUCGAGGUCGUAUGGGAUUACGAGUGA